CUGAGGCAGAAACUGCGCCGAGAUUUCUCCAUGGAAAUUUCAAAGUUAAAAUCUUUUUGCCUGGUCAGGGCUGCACUUUCACUCGAAUCUCCUCCCCCAUUUCCACGAAGGAAACGAAGUAAACACACAGUCAAACAGAUCCAAGUCUUUAUAUAAGCACCAUGAAAUACACAAUCUUUUCAUCCCUUCUCCUCCAUUCUGCCAAAAUUGUUUGCUUUUUUUUGAAAAAUAUUUGGAGUCAUGGAAACUAGAGAUUCAUCUUCCCAUGAUAGAGAAAGAUCGGAUUCCAGUCCUCUGCACUCACCCAGUUCUCCCACAAGAGCUCUAAAACGUCUUGUGAAAUCCGUCUCAAAAAACGCCCUGAAACUUGCUUCUACUCUGUCUCCUCGCAAACAUGUUUUGGGAUUUUCCCGAUUUUCUCCCAAUUCCCCGCCGCCAAAAUCCCCGCUUCUAGAAGCAAAUCCUGGCGGCGCCGCCUUGGAGAGAGAGCUGCGCGCCGUUUUCAGAUACUUCGAUGCCGAUGGAGACGGGAAAAUUUCAUGGCAGGAGCUCCAGAGAGCUCUGAAUUCUGUCGGUGAGGAGGUGGGCGAGAAUGAAUUGCGUGAGACGAUCAAAGAAUUGGAUUCUGAUGGAGAUGGGUGUAUUGAUGUUCAUGAAUUUAUACGGCUUAAUACGCAGGAGAGAGGGAGUGAGGGAGAGGAAAAAGAGUUGGCGGCGGCUUUCAGAAUGUUUGAGGGCAGAGAAGGCGGCGGAAUUACUCCAGUGGGGCUUCAACGAAUGAUGUGCCGCCUGGGUGUUGGAGAUGAUGCUCUUACUCUUGAUCACUGCUCUUUCAUCAUCUCUCAGAUUGAUAUGGAUGGAGAUGGAGUUCUGAGCUUCCAUGAAUUCAAGCAUAUGAUGAUGAUCACUGCUGUGCACUGAAAAAAUUCAAUUGAAAUCGUUGUAUGAUUUCUAUUGCAAUUUAUCAGAUUGGAUGGAGAUGAAGUUCUGAGCUUCCAUGAAUUUGAGGAUACGAUGAUGACCACUGCUGUGCACUGAAAAAAUUCAAUUGAAAUCGUUGAAGGAUUUCUAUUGCAAUUUAUCAGAUUCGGAUUGUGAUUUUUUUUGGGCUUAGAGUUGCGGUAUGAGAGUAUUUAUUUAGUCAAAUUUUU